AUGAAACGCAUACCAGAAUCUCAAGCACGUGCGAUUUUCCGACAAAUUGUUUCAGCUGUUCAUUUUCUACAUAAAAAUAAUAUUGUUCACAGAGAUCUCAAAUUAGAAAAUAUUCUAAUUGAUCAUAAUGGUGAUAUCAAAUUAGCAGAUUUUGGUCUGAGUAAUAAUUGGUCACCGCGUCGAUUAUUACAUACAUUCUGUGGAUCUCCUUUGUACGCAUCGCCCGAAAUCGUUUCCGGUAUUCCAUACUAUGGACCUGAAGUUGAUUGCUGGUCAUUGGGUGUAUUACUCUAUACCCUUGUCUAUGGUUCAAUGCCAUUCCAAGGUGGUGAUUACAAUCGACUUGUACGGAAUAUAACAUCAGGUGAAUUCAUUCAACCUCGUGAACAAUCAGGCGCACUCGGUCUUAUCCGUAAAUGUUUAACGGUACUACCAUCAAAACGUUUCACUGUUGAUGAUGUUGCCGCUCAUUGGUGGGUUAACCUUGGUUAUAAAUAUCCACCCGUGCAUUAUUAUUUGACGCCAGCAAUGAAAAAAACUGGUCUCUUCAUUCCAUCCCAUCUGCCCGCAUUAACGUACAAUGAAUCGAAUGGCAACGCAGUAGNUACAGCACAGCUAUUAAAUACUCUAACCUCUAAUUCGUCUUGUCAUGUUGACGAUAGUAUUAAUCAUACUGCUUCUACUACUAACAAUAAUAAUCGACAUUCAUUUUUAACUUCAUUUGAAUUGCCAACCAAAUAUAAUCCAGAUAAAAAUCAUUUGCUCGAUGAUAACAAUAAUUUCGUUUCAUUAAAAGUAUAUGAUUAG